AAUUCGAUAUUCUCAAUCAUGUUAGAAAAAAAGUUAGUGUAAAAAAAAAGAGAAGGAUUUGCUUUCAAGUCUUUUGGAAUUAGAUGAAAAGCCAAUCGUGAAAAAUAUACAUGUAGACAUACGUUCUCAUGUAUUCUUGCUAGAAGGACCGGUUUGUCAUUUACCCCUCAAACAAAAUAUCGUGAUUUCGUUUUCGUAUUAAAUAAGUAAAAAAAAAAUAAUUUUUUUUUCGUUCAUCAUCCAGCCAACUUAUAAAAAUCCAGUUCCUUUCUGAUUUCUUUUUAAGAAUAUAUAUAUAUAAAGAUCUCAUUAUUUUCAUAUUCAUAUAUAUAUAUAUACACUAUCAUCUAUAAAUUAGUCAAUUUUUUUAGCAAAAUGCCAAAUAAAUUGACCUUGGAGGAUUUCCCGAUUUUAAGUAGAAUAUCAAAUGUGAGAUAUAGAGAUAAAGAUGCCGUAAUUAAAAAAAUAAAUAAUAUCAUUCGUGAUGGACCUGAAAAAUUGCAGGUCGUCACUGACUUUGAUUUGACAUUGACGAAACAACACGUCGAUGGCAAGGCCCAUCUCAGCAGUUUUGGCAUAUUCGCCAAAUGUAAGCAAUUACCACCAAAAUAUGAGGAAAUGGAUGUGAGAACGCAUAAAAAAUAUCGUCAAAUUGAAAUUGAUCCUCAUAUUCCAAUUGAGGAGAAAAUACGCGCAAUGGAAGAAUGGAUGGAAAUAAGUGAGGAAUAUCUUAAAGGUUAUGAAUUUGAUCCAAGUGAAUUGGAACAAGUUGCUGAAAAAUAUGGUACUGAUUUACGUGAGGGUACAAAAAAUUUAAUGGAUAAAUUAAGUUCAGCAAGAAUUCCAGUAUUAGUAUUUAGCGCUGGUCUUGGCGAUGUUGUUGAGGCAAUAUUAAGGCACAAUAAUGUUCUUCUUGAGAAUGUGGAAAUAAUUUCAAAUUUCUUGAAAUAUACGGACAAAAAAUUAGAUGGUUUUAAGGGUAAAAAAAUACAUGUAUUUAAUAAAAAUGAAACCGUCUUGGAUAAGGAACAUUUAAAACGUUUAGAAAAUCGAAAAAAUAUUAUUCUAAUGGGAGACAGUGUCGGUGAUACGACAAUGUGUAAUGGAAUCAAAGAUGUUGAAAAUGUUUUUAAAAUUGGUUUUCUUUAUCACGAGAACAAUGAAAUUGUGGAAAAAAGUUUAAAGGACUAUAUGGAUGUAUUUGAUGUUGUACUUAUCGAUGAUCAAACCAUGGAUUUACCAUGGUCGAUAUUGAAACGAAUUAUCUAAUUUUUAGUCGGCAAUUUAUCUCCCUCUCUAUUAUUUUUCAUUUUGAAUUCUUCUUUUAUUUUUCUCGUCUCUAACAUCGAAACUUUUCUUUUUAGAUAUGAUUAAUCCUAAUAAUUUUUGCAAAUUCAAUCAGUAUUUUUUUUUUUAAAUUAUUAUUUCAUUUUUCUGAAAUAAUAAUUAUACUUUCUGCGAAAGUAAUUUUUUUUUUAAUUUGAAAUUGCUCAGCAAUAUUGAGUUAUUGUGAUUUUAUAAUAGGAAAAUAAUUAUUGAUAAAUUGUAGAAAAAUUGUUUUUUUAAAAAUGAAACAAUUUUUUAGCAUCACUGCCAUAUGGGAGAUUUAAAAAAAACAGUCCACGAAAAAAAUGAUAUUAAUAUGCUAUAAAUUAAUGCACAUAUUUGCAAGAACUUUUUUUUUUCUGAUUAUUUAUUUUUUAUUUCCAUAGAGAAAAAGUGUUAUCUAUAUACGAAGCGUGGAAAUGUCGCACAAAAUGAAAAUUUGUUAUCUUAAAAUUAUUGAUUUCCUCGCAGAGAAAUAAUAAAUAUAUUUUGAGCAAAUCAAGAAA